GUAAGAGUUGAGGUUUGACCAGCGCAACUGGGGAUCUUGUCCCGCUUCCAGUUUUCCGUGGCUCCUCCUCCUGUCGUUGCAGGUGUAAUUCCUGGGACUCAGGUAUCUUCCGUUUUGCUGUUUUCCCGCGGUGCAGGCUUUGGCCGAGUGUUGCCUGUGUGCCACAUGAGCCGGAGUAAAGAGAUGGACCACACAUCCCCGACCUACAUGCUUGCUAACUUAACCCACUUACAUUCAGAACAACUUCUGCAGGGCUUGAAUCUCCUUCGUCAGCAUCACGAACUCUGUGACAUCGUUCUUCGAGUAGGUGAUGUUAAAAUUCAUGCUCACAAAGUGGUACUUGCCAGCAUCAGCCCAUACUUUAAAGCUAUGUUCACUGGCAACCUUUCUGAGAAAGAGAACAGUGAGGUUGAGUUUCAGUGCAUUGAUGAAGCUGCACUGCAGGCCAUUGUGGAGUAUGCCUAUACGGGAACCGUUUUCAUUUCUCAGGAUACGGUUGAAUCUCUCCUGCCAGCAGCAAACCUACUCCAGAUAAAACUUGUCCUGAAAGAAUGUUGUGCAUUUCUUGAAAGCCAGCUUGACCCUGGUAACUGUAUUGGAAUUUCCCGUUUUGCAGAGACGUAUGGUUGUCAUGACCUUUAUUUGGCAGCUACUAAAUACAUAUGCCAGAAUUUUGAAUCUGUUUGCCAGACAGAAGAGUUUUUUGAGCUUACGCACGCUGAUUUGGAUGAAAUUGUCUCCAAUGAUUGCUUGAAUGUAGCUACUGAAGAGACAGUUUUUUAUGCCUUAGAGUCUUGGAUCAAGUAUGAUGUACAAGAACGCCAGAAAUACUUAGCACAGCUGCUGAACAGUGUACGAUUACCAUUGCUGAGUGUUAAGUUCCUCACUCGGCUCUAUGAAGCAAAUCAUCUUAUCCGUGAUGAUCGUACUUGUAAACAUCUCUUGAAUGAAGCACUAAAGUACCACUUCAUGCCUGAACAUAGACUGUCUCAUCAGACCGUCUUGAUAACACGACCUCGUUGUGCUCCCAAAGUAUUGUGUGCAGUAGGAGGAAAAUCUGGACUCUUUGCCUGUUUGGAUAGUGUGGAGAUGUACUUUCCUCAGAAUGACUCUUGGAUUGGUCUGGCGCCCCUCAAUAUUCCUCGAUAUGAAUUUGGAAUCUGUGUUUUAGACCAAAAAGUCUAUGUUAUAGGUGGUAUUGAAACUAGUGUGCGUCCUGGUGUCACUGUCAGAAAACAUGAAAAUUCAGUGGAGUGUUGGAAUCCUGAUACAAAUACGUGGACUUCUCUAGAGAGAAUGAACGAGAGCCGAAGUACUCUUGGAGUAGUAGUGCUUGCAGGAGAACUUUAUGCUUUAGGUGGAUAUGAUGGACAGUCUUACUUGCAAUCUGUAGAGAAAUAUAUCCCCAAAAUCAGACAGUGGCAGCCUGUGGCCCCAAUGACCACCACAAGAAGUUGUUUUGCUGCAGCUGUUCUGGAUGGAAUGAUUUAUGCCAUUGGAGGGUAUGGCCCUGCUCACAUGAACAGUGUGGAGCGUUACGAUCCAAGUAAGGAUUCCUGGGAGAUGGUUGCAUCCAUGGCUGAUAAAAGGAUUCACUUUGGUGUCGGAGUUAUGCUAGGUUUUAUUUUUGUGGUAGGUGGGCAUAAUGGUGUCUCCCAUUUGUCAAGCAUUGAAAGAUAUGACCCUCAUCAAAACCAAUGGACAGUGUGUAGACCAAUGAAAGAGCCCAGGACAGGAGUUGGUGCUGCAGUAGUUGACAACUACCUUUAUGUAGUCGGUGGUCACUCAGGGUCUUCCUAUUUGAACACAGUACAGAAAUACGACCCUAUCUCAGAUACAUGGCUGGACUCAGCUGGCAUGAUAUACUGUCGCUGCAAUUUUGGAUUAACUGCACUAUGAGAAGUGUGAAGUCGUGGAAAUCGCACGUGGUGGGGCCAUAGGAAAGAAUGCCCAGUGUCCUGAACCUGAAAGCUGCAUUGCUUUGUUUAACUUGAAGUGGCAUGAAGACUCAAAGUCUUGUUGGGUACUCUGAACUGACAAAUAGUUUGAAUCGCUCUUGAUUUUACAGUGAAUCAAUAAUUAAAAAAAAAGAAAAGAAAAAAGAAAGGAAAAAAAAAAAGGAAAGACCUAAUCAAUUGAAUUGUGCACUUUUCUCCACUAAGACUGGGAUAGAUUAGUUUUUAUAUUCCUAAAUGUAGAGAAAACCUUGCUGCUUUUUAAUUUUGUUUUAAAUAAUUUAAGCUCUUCUUUCUUGAUCUAUAUCAUGAUUUAAUAGGAUGAGAGAAGCUUCCAAUCUGGAGUGCAUCGAAUGACUGGACAGAAUGUGGAUAGUGAUUGUUGGUUGCAAAUUCAUAUACUUCAUGUUGUUUUUUUUUAAAAAGGGCUGCUUUUACUUUGGGUACUUUCAAGGAUUGUAAAUAACAUGUCAGUCACCUGAGGGCUCUUUCUGCUAAAUGAUUUUAGGGCUACUAGUGUGAUGAGGUUGCAAAACAAUGGCUUUUAUUAUCCUAUUUGGGGCUCUGUUUUAAGAUGUGACAUUUGUUUAUGCUUUUUCUACAUGGGCUAGAUGGCCUCAUCUGUGCUUUGGUAAGCAUGGAUAGAAAACUAAUCGUGUCAGUUUCAGUUGUUCUUUGGUGUUACACAGCAGGCUUCUGAUGGUUAAUGUAAAUAUAUUUGAAAGCUCUUUGGUACCACCCUUGAUGCAUAUUGGUUUUUCAUAUAUUCUUAAUUUUAGUUUUUUAAGGUCUUAAUUUUUUUUCAGUGUUCAAAUAUUAAAAUGGUGCUAAAUGUAGGAUGUAUAACAAAGCUAUAACCAAUGUUAUUUGGGUGUUCAAUGUGAGAUGCAUGAUGUACUAUAAUAAUCUUUCAUUUUUACUGGCUUGAUUUUAUUUGUGCUUAUGGAAAAUGUUAGUGAUUGCAUUAAUGUUAACAUCUAAAAUCAUCUGAAUGGCUUGAGUUAUACUUCCCAUGGUUUUUGAAUGGUGACUUAAAGAGUGAUGCUGUUUCAUUGUUACUAUUUUCUUCUUGUUCUAGAAAUUACAUGUCCAAACACAUGCACCAACUGAACACAACAUGCUAGGCAGGUGUGUGUUACUUUGUUCAUUUCUUAGGUAACUGAGUAUUUUUAACUUAUGGAGGAAAACUGGAACUCGAUGUUUACUUGAAUAAAUGGUUCUAAAUUAGGUUCUGCUUUGAUUAAAGAAACUAUCUUUCAAAACUGUUUGUUACAGCCACUGACAGCUUAUUUUAAAAAAAUAGUUAACUUAUUUUAGCAUGGUUUAAUAAAUAUCUGUUAGUCUUAAACACAUUAACUUGCAUUUUAUUACUGUUGGUACUUGCAUUUUCAUAUUAGUAAUUUUUCUCAUUUAUUUUUUUCUUUUUUUACCUACCUACACUCUCUUUCUCUUUAUAACGUCUAUAAGACCAGUGAAUAUUUUUUCCUAAGAAAAGAACUCAUCCUUCAUUCUUAAGUGCCAUACUACUCUAUCGUUAAGAAGCCAUUUGUAAUUAUAAAGCCUAGCUUUACCUGUUCGCAUAUAUGUUACUGCCCAAAAACUAUAGCUGGGCAAUUUGUAGUUUUUCUUGUUCUUCCAUAAACUACCCAUUGUAGAUUUGAGGAUAUACUAUGAAGCUAUGUAAAAUCAUCUUUAGUCAUAAAGUAACAACACCAUGCUCUACAAAUAUUUGCACAGAUUAUGAAGCCUUGCAAGUAAUUUUUAGUCUCUUUUAACCUAGAACUCAACAGGAGCUAAUAAAAUCAACUAAGUAUUUUCUGUGUCGCUUAUUUGAAUAUCAUAGUGACACAUAGCAAUAACUUUUUCAUUGAUUUGAAUAAAUCUGUUGAAUAGUAAUAAGGUGCACUAUUGUGGUUGGUCUAAACCGUAUUUAAAGAAAAGAGUUUUAAAGUAGAUUCCUGCACAUACUCACUUUUAAAUCCCCAGCUUAGAUGUUUUUGUUUAUAUCAGUCAAAUUAUUAAAUGUAUUUUGUUAUGCUACUUUUAAUCUCUUCCUCACAAAAGUGAAGUGAAUUUGAAAGACUAGAAAGUUAUUUUAAAUAUAAACACAUCUUUUCUGAACAUUCUAUUUCAACAGUGCUUUACUCAUAUAUUGUUUCCAGUAUAUAGUUCAUAUAAAAUACAUAGUCAUUUGCUAAGUUAGAUCAAAAGUAUGUACUAUUUUUUUUUUAAUUUUAAGUUUUAUUUUGCUGAAAAACUAAAUGCAAAACAUUUUGGGCAACAGUAGGAUCAUGAUCCUGUAAACAAAGUUACAAAAACAUACAAAGCAAAAAAAACUUAGCACUUAAAAUUUAGAAAUACACUGUAUUUUAGGAAUCCUGUUGUAUUGUUCAUAGUAACCAGAGCUAAAUAUGUGUCCUGACACCUGGUAAGUUUACAACAGAGAUUUCUCUUCAAAUUUGAGAAGUUUCGUAUGAAUACUGUGCUGGUAAGUUGUGAAUGUAAAGCUCCAUGUUUCCUAUGCAAAAAAAGGGUAAAAUGUUAGAGCAAAAAUCCCCGGGUUUAUGUCUAUAUACAUAUAUACAUUCAAUAUAUAUUGGAUAUAUAUGUGUAUAUAUAUGUUCAAUCAAGAACUUGAAGGCAAUUUAAGACUGCCCAAAAUAUUUUGGAAAAGAGUGACAGGGAAACAUAAUCUAAUCAAUUGUAAUGUCACUUGUCUUCUAUAAUUAUGUCAAAGAAUGUGUAUGCAGUGUUUGGUUAUUUAAUAUUUAUUGUAUGUAGUAAUAGAACUUAAUUGAUUUUUUUAAGGUAAACCCAAAGGAUAUUUGCAAAUUUCAUAUUAUUGUUAAUAUUGUUUUAAAUAUGAAUGAAUAUCAAAUUAUAGGAUUAGUAUCAAAUGAUAGGAAAAUGGAAUUUGGUUUUGAAAGGUUUUUAUAGUUUGACAUAUGUGUGAGACACCAUAUUAGAUGCUGUGGUGGCAUCUACUGAAAUGUAAGUAGGAUAUAUUCUUCACUCAAAAGAGUAAACUACAGUGGAGUUCAUUUAUUCCAAUAAUGAUUAUGAAAAUCUAUAACCUAAUUCCUUAUUUCCAAGGUCAUAGGAAGUGACUUGAAGCUUAGUUUAUAUAUAAACAAAUACUUAGUGUCCAGUUAGAUUUUAAUGACACAAGCAAGAUUUGUCAAAAUUGUAGUUUUAUUGGAAUCCAGUGGGGUCUGGAGAGAUGGCUCAUUGGUUAAAACUAAGUGCUGACCCAAGAUUGGUUUCCAACAAGCAGAGAGGCAUACAACUGUUCCAUAGCUCCAGCUCCAGCUGAUGCCCUUUUCUGGCCUCUUUGGGUAUCCACCAACACCACCACAACCACCACCACCACCACCACCACCACACACACACACACACACACACACACAUAAAUUACUUUUAAAUUUUUCCAUGUUUCUUAGAAUUGGAUAGUAUAUUUCCUACAGGAAAAACAAAACUAGGAAGGGAAACACACAAACCCAUUUUCUAGAACAUCAUGGCUCUGGCUAACAUUGAGGAAAAUACAUGUAUAUAUACAUGCUGGAUUCUGUUGUUUGCUUUUUGUUUUGUUUUCAGUUGUGGCGUUGGAUUCCUGGUAUUGUCACCAAAGUGCUCAUUUUUAGGAAAAUCAAAUUCUACAAUAAAGUUACUGCUUAAAGUUCAAUAAAUUUAUGAUAAUCUCUCUAAACUUUCUAUCCAGAAAGUUACACAGCUAUGGGACAUGUCAAGUUAACAUCCUGUUCUGCUACUUAACCCUUUCUUUCCCACUGUAUACAGCACUUUAAUUAGACAAGAUUUAAUUAGACAAUGAUUCUGUGGCUGGGAAUUUAUAGGCUCUUCACUUCCAGUGUGUACUGAAUUCAGUGUUGAUAUUCACAUUUGGAAAAUAAGUUUAAUACAUUUUAAAUACAAAAGGUUUACAAAUCUUACUAGUGUGAAUAUGGUCAAAUAAAACUCUAGUUUACAUCUCUGCAGAGAGAAAAAUUGUCACCUAUGUCUUUCAGAGUACAUAUCCACAUGUCUUCUACUUUUAAUUUUGUCAAUUUAUCAUGUGUAAAGUCCCACUUAUUUUAAAAUACCAAGCAAAAAGUUCCAAGUUUGCCUUAAUAUACAUGUGAAAUUAAAGAACUGGAUGAUAA